CGCACGGGUGCGUGUGCGCGCAGGCGGAGGAUCGCCGAGCCGAGCCGUUCCGUGCAGCAGGCACAAGCCGCUGGGCGCGCAGGAGAAGCCGCAAAAAAAGAAUCCAGCAGCCGCCAGUCGAACCUGCGAGGAGCAGCAGAGGAGCGCCGCAACUUGAGACGAGGCCAGAGAUCCAAAAUGGGAGGCAAGCUAAGCAAAAAGAAGAAGGGCUACAAUGUAAAUGAUGACAAGGCCAAAGACAAGGACGCCAAGGCCGAGGGAGCCUCCGCCGAGGAGAGCGAAGCGCCGAAAGACAACAAGGACGAAGCUCCGGCUGCUACUGACACCAAGGAGGUAGCGAACGACACGGCAGCGAAGGAGGCGCCGGCGGCCGACGCAGUGGCGCCCAAAGACGAGGAGAAGAACGCCGCUCCGGCCACGAAGGAGGCCGAGAAGCCCGCCGCCAACUCCGAGUCCAAAACUGAGGCACCCAAGAGCUCGGAGCCCGCCAAGGCCGAGGAGAAACCGGCCGCCGCCCCGGCCAAAGAGUCGGCCCCCGCCGCCAAGGAGCCUGAGGCGAAGGCGGCGGCCCCGGCAGCCGAGAGCAAAGGUGAGGCCGACGCCAAAAAGACUGAGGCCCCCGCGGCACCAGCAGCCAAAGCCGAGGCGGCUCCAGCUGCCUCCCCCGAGCCCAAGACCACAGAGGCAGCAGCAGCGCCACCGAAGGACGCCGCCACCACCGCCGCUAGUUCAACACCAGCCGAACCUCCGGCCAAGGAGGCGAACGCCACAGAGGCACCAAGCAAGGAUCAAACCGUAGCAGUUCAAGAUUAAUGGACAGCUUCUUUUCGGAAACGAAGAAAUAAAAUUACCUAACUCGACAAGGAUGAAGAUUAAAAAAAAUGAAAUUUACUAGCCCGCCCAUAUCCUGAUGAUAACAAUAAUAAUAAUAAUAAUUGUGGUGAUGCUGAUGAUUCGUUGGAUGAGGAGAUGACUAUUGCUAUUAUUAUUGUUACGUUUUAUUUUUUUCUGCUGUAGUAUUUGAACUUUGAUACGAGUCUGUGUCUUCAUUCCACAUCAUCGUCCUUCAUUCAGAGGUUCGACCUGAAGCUUCAGAAGCUCCGUGGACGAAGAAUCUGCUGAAUCCGUCAGAGCGUCGCCUUCUCGGCUUCGGCCUCCAGUUUAUCGAUGCCAUCAGUUUUAUUUCAGUUCAUCCUCCCUUCUAGAUUUUCCGACUUUCUGAGACAUUUGAAGCGUCAACAGAAGUCGGCUUUGCAGAACGAAACCCGUUCUUAGAUGCAUUAAUCAGUUGUAGGAAUUUUUCAGAUAAACUUCUACAUUUUGUACUGAAACCCUUAGGUAUAUUGUAAGUAAACUAAGCGGUUUUUUAACAUUUGUAACACUGAUAAAAAUCUGCAAAGCCUCACUGAGAAGAUCCUCGCAAAUGUUUUCAGAAAGUCAAUCUCAGAUCCUCGACAAACUCCAGCACAGAUGACGAGGUUUUACUUUAGUAUCUACUGCUAACGUGGUGAAACAGGAAAAACAGCCUUGUCUUGGAGGUUUGAGGUCAGUUUUGAUACCGAGACGGCGACUUUAGAUAACGAACAUUUAGUUGUGUCUUUGUGAGGAAAGUAGACGAAACUGACCCUCAAACAUCCUGCAGUUGUCUUUGUUUUGGGGUUUCUGGAAUAGAUGCAAGCGAAAGGGAACAACAAAGCAGAGACUUUGAGUAAAAGUACCACUUCCUGGUUAAUUGUUGGCAGCAAAAUCUGGAAAAAGAAAGAAAAAGUGCAUGUAUUUGAUGGAUUUUGGGGCUCAUAUGGAGAAAUCAUGAGAAUAAUGUGACUAAACAACUUUAAUUGAACACUUUCCAGCCAAUGAAUCCGUUUAAAAUCAGUUUGGACAACAUCACUAGAAGGUAAACACCUCAGACGAGAUCAUUCCUGUUUUCUCCACGUCAGAUUUUAAAUUGAACAACAUCCGGGGGGAUUUCAGCCAAUCGGCUCAAUGCACUAUGGUUUCUAUGGCAACCGUAGUCUACGCCAUCAUCUUUAUGGGAUGGAAAAACCUCGCACAUGGAAGGGAGCCUCUGAUUUGGCCAUUUUCACCCUCCAUGCAUUUUCCUUUUACCUUUUUUUAAAUGUAUACAUGACGCUUAUACAUGCACGUGUGCAUCGGUGAAGGGAAAAGUAGCAAUAUUAUUAUUAUAUCGCAUUUUUGAAAGAAAGAAAGUUUACAAAAGUUCACUGGAAGCUGGAAAAGACCUUGAAGGAAAGAAAAACAGACAAUGAAAGAAAGAAGGGGAGGGUAAGUGCAAGAACACAGAAGGUAAAUCUCUACUCAUGGUGACUAAUAAAUCAGAAUUUGCAGAUUGAUUAGACAUUUAAACCUAUAUCAGCAACCUAAAACUGCACUUUUCCUCCGAUGAACCUUCCUCCUUCCAUCUUUGCACAUUUGCAGAUAUCUGCAUGUAUAUAUUUGGUCAAUUUAACCCUUCCUUUUUGUUUUUUCAGAUAUAUACAUGAUUAUUAUAUGUGCAUGUGUGCAGCGGUGGAGGGAAAAGUAGCAAUAUUUAGCAUUUUUUUAAAGAAAGAAAGUUGUAAAAAGUUUGUUGGAAGCUGGAAAAGACCUUGAAAGAAAGAAAAUCAGACAAAGAAAGAAUCAAGGAAGGUAAAUGCAAGAACACAGAAGAUAAAUCUCACCCCAUGGUGACUAGAAAAUCUGAAUUUGCAGAUUGAUUCAUCAUUUAAACUCAAAUCUAUAAGACUUUUACGAUACCAGAAACCUAAAACUGCACUUUCCUCCAGAUGAACAUUCCUCCUUCCACCUGUGCACAUCUGCAGAUAUCUGCAUGUAUAUAUUUGGUCAAUUUCACCCUUCCUUUAUGUUUUUCAGAUAUAUACAUGAUGAUUAUACGUGCAUAUGUACAGUGAUGGAGGGACAAGUUUACGUACGUUUGAUUAAGUAGCAAUAUUUAGCUUUUUUUUUUUCAAGAAAGAAAGUUCGAAAAAGUUUGUUGCAAGCUGGGAAAGACCUUGAAAGAAAGAAAAACAGACAAAGAAGGACGGAAGGUAAAUGUAAGAACACAGAAGGUAAAUCUCACCCCACGGUGACUACAAAAUCAGAUUAAUUUGUCAUUUAACUCAAAUCUACAAGACUUUAACGAUACCAGCAACCUACAACUGCCCUUUUCCCCAGAUGAACCUUCCUCCUUCCACCUGUGCACAUCUGCAGAUAUCUGCAUGUAUAUAUUUGGUCAUUCCGUCCAUCCAUCUGGCAGAUUUUUUGGUUUGGUCCAAGCGGCUCGCAGCGUUUUUCCUCCCAGCACUUCAGCCGUAGCAGAAACAAACUGAAAACGGAGGAACGUGGCGCAUCGCCCGGUUUCCAUUCUUGUUUUUCAUUUCUUCCUCUCUUGACUCAGUAACUUGCAUGUCCGUGGUUUGGGUGAACCUGUAGUCCUGUCUUUUUGGUCAAGUGGAAACAAAAAAAAAGAAAUAAAAAUAAAAAAUAAUUUUGAUUUCUCCGGUCUGCAUCCAUGGCAACUACAGUCGAUAUUUUCAUCCCGCCACCGCUACUUCCAUGUUUCAUUUCAGACAAAAUGAAAAGAUGAUAUGGAAAAUUUGAUGCAUUCAAAAUUAUAUGUACUUGUAUAAAUGGUGCAACAAUAAUAAAAAUGUAAGAAAUUGACUUAAACUUGA